CAGGCGAUCUGAGAUCCCCCUGAAUGACUGGCUGCAACGCCACGCGCAGAAUGUCGUCAAAGUACCCCUGCGCUAUGCUGUCAACAGCAACCCCCUGGUGUCAGCCACCAAAGCAGAAGCGGAAGGGACAUUGCAGCGCUUGGAGCAGCUGCUGCACAUCUUCUACGACCUGCAGCGCUCACCCGAUGGCCUCUGUGCCAGCACCAGGCGUUUCCUGAGAACUCCGGUGGUCGGCUCGCUGAAUCAACUUCGCGCGGAGCUGCUGUUACGCUACAGCGCCAAGCACUACUGGGUCCGCACGGCCGGGCGCAAGAUCGACGCGGUCUUCAUCUCCGCUAGGGGCGAAUCGGAAGCCCUGGCAGAGGAGAGUCCGGAAGUCAAGGAAGACGCCCCGUUGAAGGACCUGGAACAACCGCGCGGUCCUGUGGUGGUGUGGUGCAACCCCAACGCUGCCUACUACGAAACCAUGGCAUACGAAUCCCAUUGGUUGGAUUUCUACCUCAACCAGGGCUGCAGCAUUUUCGUUUUCAACUACAGUGGCUUUGGACGUUCCCAGGGCCAUCCAAGUCCAGGUCGCCUCAGCGCGGACGGCGAUGCGGUGGUGGACUUCUUGAGACGCAGAGGCUUCACCCAGGUCGCCGUGCAUGGCCGCUCCAUUGGUGGCAUCGCAGCGUGUCGUAUCGCCAACAAGAACCCCGACAUUGUCAAGGUGCUUGUGGCAGAUCGCACCUUCUCAACACUGGCGAAGGCGGCCAAGUACACAUUUGGAGACUGGGCAGCCAAGGGCCUUUCAUUAUCCGCGACCUGGGCGGAUAACGUGUCGAACUAUUUGAGCACGAAGUGCUACAAGGUGAUGCUCUGCGACCCCAAGGACGCCACCAUUCCAGACCUGGCGGCACUGCGCACAGCAGUGGCACAGAAAGUUCUGGAGCAGGUGCCUUCGAGUGAGCGACUGACCUACGAGGGCGUGGAGCGCAUGGCCGAAGCCUGGACCUUUUUCGAGGUCUUGCUGUCCAUUUGUGACGCCUGCGAUGGUGGCUGUGCGUGCCAUCCGCGCUUUGGGGAGUCCAAACGCUCUGCGCGGCAGCCGGUGGUGGGGAAACCUGUGGUCGAGGCCACGGAAGGAUCUCUGGAGGCUGGCGAGGAGGACGCGCGCCUGGUGGUGCGGCCGCCGCCGCCACCAAGGGUCACCCUGCAGUGGCUGCAGGAACACAGUGAAUUCGUCCACUUCACCAUGUCUCCUCACAUCGACAUGCUGAGACAGGCCCUCGACACUUUGGGCUCCAGGUUUAAUGCUGGCGGCCUGACGUUGGACGAAGCCCUUGGGGGGCAGGAGGAGGCUGCGGAAGCUUUGCAGAGCUUCUUGUGCAACCUGCAGGUCUGGGGAUCUCUGGCUCUGCGCGGCGCCUCCGGGGACUUCAGUCCCGUUCCCCGUGCCGCUGUGGAUGAUGAUCUGGAGCUCUUUUUGGCCAGAGGCCUGAGUGGCACCACCGCCUCCAUGAGCGCGCGCUUGGCCAAAGUCUUCGCCACGCUGACGCCCAUGAGGAUGGCGGAGUACCAUCGGCAGCUGGCGAGGAUUGGGGUGGCACGGGUGCGCCGUGACUUCCGGCAGCACCUGGCUGCCUUGCAGCGGAACCUGGAGGCUAUGGCGCAGAGCGACUGCGCCUUGAGUGCUGCCGUCCUGGGGCACCUACGGGAGGUGGAACAGUUCAUGACUGCUAUCUACCGUUUUUUCAAGUGUGUGGACAUCAAUGGGCAAGGGGAGCAGAAUCCAGACCGGCCUGAUGCAGGUGAAAGCGGCAUCCCCCGACCGCCGAACCGAAGUCCCACAGCCCUCAUGGAGGUUGGAAGCGAUGAUUCUGAGGAGGGCUCGCGUGCCCACGCGCCGCGACCAGCCCUGGACCGCAGCCUCGCGGGGUACGUGGCUUGUCUCAACUGUGGCCACAAUGGCGUUCUCAGUGAGGGUGAGGCACAGCAUUUGGCACUUCAUCUGCGUACGGCCAAAUUCGGCAAGUACGCGGAGGAAGCUGCCACGCACGAGUGAACUUAGUGAACAGCGAAAUGCGUUUGGUGUAUGUCUGAAAGUAGGGUAUAC